CAACAGGAGGGUUGUUCCACGUAGAAUCCCUGCAGUGGCUUGGCCCAAGUGGAGUGAGACCCCAGUCCUAGGCUGGGGUUCUUUCAAGAUAGAGGAAACGGAUUCAGAGGGGUUGCAGGUAAUUCGUACUCCCCAGAGCGGAAAGCGAGCUUGCUGCCUGCCUCCCAAGAGACCAAAUUUGUUGAGAACCAGGCAUAUGAUGAACGUCUAGAAAUCAACGACGCUGAAGAGGUUUCAAGUGUUUGUACUCCAAGCCCAGAACACCACGGACCUUCUCCUUCUGCUCCUCUUCCUAACAAGACCAUGGCUGAUAACAGCAGUGAUGAGUAUGAAGAGGAAAGUCACAAGGAGAAGAAGAAAACUUCACAGCUGACAGCUCAGCGAGGCUUCAGUGAAAAUGAUGAUGAUGACGAUGACGAUGAUGACUCAUCUGAAACUGAUUCUGAUGAUGAUGAUGAUGAUGAAGAGCAUGGAGCACCUCUGGAAGGUGCCUACGAUCCCGCCGACUAUGAACACUUGCCAGUCUCAGCUGAGAUCAAAGAGCUCUUUGAAUACAUCAGCCGGUACACACCUCAGCUGAUUGAUCUGGACCACAAACUGAAACCUUUCAUUCCUGAUUUUAUCCCAGCUGUUGGGGACAUUGAUGCAUUCUUAAAGGUGCCACGUCCUGAUGGAAAGCCUGACAACCUUGGCCUACUGGUAUUGGAUGAACCAUCUACAAAGCAGUCAGACCCUACGGUGCUCUCACUCUGGUUAACGGAGAAUUCCAAGCAGCACAACAUUACACAACAUAUGAAAGUAAAGAGCCUGGAAGAUGCAGAAAAGAAUCCCAAAGCCAUAGACACGUGGAUUGAAAGUAUCUCUGAGUUACACCGUUCUAAGCCCCCAGCGACUGUGCACUACACCAGGCCCAUGCCUGACAUUGACACACUUAUGCAGGAAUGGUCCCCAGAUUUUGAAGAGCUUUUGGGCAAGGUGACUCUGCCCACAGCGGAGAUUGAUUGCAGCCUGGCUGAGUACAUUGAUAUCAUCUGUGCCAUCCUGGAUAUCCCUGUCUACAAGAGUCGGAUUCAGUCCCUCCACCUGCUCUUUUCCCUGUACUCAGAAUUCAAGAACUUACAGCAUUUUAAAGCGCUUCCGGAAGGCAAGAAAGCAUUUACUCCUUCAUCCUACCCUGCCUCCCAGGCUGGUGAUACAGAGACGCUAACCUUCAUCUGAGCUACCUACUGGCUGCUCUGAAGCCAGAGAGGAAGGGGAGAGGUCCUUGUUGCUGGCUUAACAUCUGCCCGUUCCACAGCUGUGCUCAGGCAGCAGGUAUCCUGCAACGUGUCUUCGAGAGCAUGGCCCACGUUUGCUAAGGGGCUCCACCUGUCUGAGCUCUCCUUCCCAGAGAGGUAUGACUUCAGAAUUCUGUGGAGAUUUCAGUUGGAACUGGAUUUCUGAGACCCCUACAUAGCAUAGGUUGGGAGGAAAGCUGAAAAAAUUGUUCAUUAGUUACUUGGCAAUGGUAUUUAUAAAUAAAGUGCUUUGUUGUA